AUGGGAAACUCUGCUUCUUCCCAAAAUGAACAGAUAGGGAGAAGACUAAUUCUGUUGAGUGAUGAACUUACGCAGAAUUGUGAAAACAAAAAUGACGCGAAGGUUCAGGAUGGCAUAAAGCUGGAAGAGACGGGGAACACCACACUGGAACAGAUUACCGCGCAAACGGCACCACCGGGGACAGAACAGCAAUACAAGGAGAUACGCAGCGAGAUCCUCAAUGACCUGAUUAGGGAACGCGAGAAAUAUAUGUAUUCACAGAUCGACCCAUUUUACUCCUCAGAUAAUGGAGGAAGUGACGAGUUCAGGGCGACCCAAAUGAGUAACAGCAAAUGCAUUUCGGAUGAACAAAAAAUAUAUAAAUGCCUUAAAGACAUGAAUGAGUCCACGUCGGGCUUUGUUAACUCCUACUCCAGGUGCUGCAGAUACUUGCAAAGAUACGAAAAUUGUGUACAUAAAAUACGU